AUGCCCGAAGUCGCUGAAGAGGUCGAAAAGGCGCCUAGUGCCCCGGACGCCAAAGUCCAAGGCCAGCAGGAGAUGGAAUAUCCAGGCAUGAUGAAGCGAGCUCUUAUUAUGGUUUCUGUCUACCUCUCGGUCUUUCUCAUUACCUUGGACCAAAAUAUUAUCUCGACGGCUAUUCCCAAAAUCACCGAUGAAUUUCACUCCCUCGACGACAUCAGCUGGUAUGGAACGGCAUACUUGAUGACCAUGUGCACCUUUCAGCUGCUCAUGGGCAAAGUAUACAAACAAUAUCCCGUUAAACCCGUCUUUAUGGCCGGAGUAUUUCUUUUCGAAGUCGGAUCCGCCAUUUGUGGCGCCGCACCCUCAUCCGCCGUCUUCAUCCUGGGUCGUGCCGUCGCUGGCCUCGGUGGCUCGGGCAUGAUCACCGGCACAAUGGUCAUCAUGUCACACACAUUGCCUCUACAGCAGCGACCUGCCUGGCAGGGUGCCUUUGGUGCCAUCUUUGCCAUUGCUUCAGUCAUUGGUCCUCUCGUCGGCGGUGCCUUCACGAACAACGUUACCUGGAGAUGGUGCUUCUAUCUCAAUCUCCCCGUCGGAGCGGUGUCCCUUCUUGUAACACUCCUCAUUCUGCAAGUCCCCAACCAAAAGCUGGAGCCUCGUGCCGACACAUUCGUCGGCAGAGUGAAGCAGCUUGAUAUAUUUGGCAGCCUCAUCUCUUUCCCGGCCAUCAUCUGUUUGGUUCUCGCUCUUCAGUGGGGUGGCACCACAUAUGCUUGGGACAAUGUUCGUAUUAUUGUUCUUCUUGUCCUUACUGGCAUCCUUUGGAUCAGUUUUAUUGGAGUUCAAGUUUGGAAAAAGGAGGCUGCUACUGUACCCCCUCGCAUUGUCAAAAACCGAAGCGUCCUCGGAGCCAUGUGGUUUGCUCUUUUCAACAACGCUAGCAUGAUGGUGAUGGUCUACUAUCUCCCUAUCUGGUUCCAGGCAAUCAAGGGUGUGGACGCCAUCAAGUCCGGUAUCAUGCUACUGCCCACAAUCUUGGGGACAGUUAUAGGCUCAAUUUCCUCUGGUUUCAUCAUUAGCAAGGUUGGCUACUACGCACCGUUCUUUAUCCUGAGUGCCAUCCUCAUGCCCGUUGGCGCUGGCCUUCUCACAACCCUCAACAUUGACACUGGUGCCGGUGAAUGGAUCGGCUAUCAGGUCUUAUUUGGUCUUGGCGUCGGCUUUGGCAACCAGCAACCACUCAACGUCGUACAGACGGUGCUCGACCGCCCUGAUGUUCCCGUCGGGUCUGCUGUCAUCGUCUUCCUCCGAUUUCUGGGCUCCUCUCUUGCUCUCCCUAUUGCACAGAGCGUCUUCCUCAACCACUUGGUGGCUGACCUGACAAAUCUAUCUUCAGUCAACCCUGAAGAUAUCGUCAAAGGUGGCGUGACAGAUCUAAGGAACCUCGUUCGUCCCGAUCAACUUUCUCUUCUCCUGAGAGAUUACAAUAGCGCCAUCAUCAAUGUCUUCUAUAUCGUCACGGCUACUAGUAGCUUGAUGGUAUUUUCUUGCUUCUUCAUCGAAUGGAAGACAGUCAGGCCUAAGAAGUAA